AUGGGGCACAUGUGCCGUCACUGGAAUCUGAAGAAGCCCCUCGCAACAAACUACCCCGUAGCAUCUGAUCUGACUGGCCCCACCCGCUCGCCUCCCACCCACGCGUUCCAGCUCACCGCCUCCGACGACCACCUCGCCGGCGGCCGCAGCGGCGCCACGGUGCUCGGCUAGGGUUCCCUUCCCGCGGCGCCUCCACCCCGCCCCCUAACGAAAGCGAGAGCGGAGCAUCCGCGCCGCCAGGAGCGGGCAAAGACGGAGAUGGUGUUCGUGUGGCUCACCGCGUUCUUCCUCGUCGUCGCGCUCAUCGUGCUCGUCAUCUACCAGCUGAUGUGCUUGGCAGAUCUAGAGUUCGAUUAUAUCAACCCAUUUGAUUCAUCCUCUCGAAUAAAUAAAGUUGUGAUGCCAGAAUUUGUGUUGCAAGCGCUUCUCAGCGUACUGUUCCUCUUAUCUGGCCACUGGGCGAUGUUCUUACUUUCUCUCCCAUUGGUGUACUACAAUUAUACGCUGUACCAGCGGCGGCAACAUCUGGUAGAUGUGACCGAGAUAUUUAAUCAACUUGGCCGUGAGAAGAAGCGACGCCUUUUUAAGAUAGUUAGUCUCAUAGUUCUCCUCUUCCUGUCCUUGUUCUGGAUGAUCUGGAGUGUAUUGUCGGAGGAGGAUGAGUAGGCUUACAAAAUCCGGACGGUAGCUCACUCUGAUCUUGCAAUCUUUAGUUAGGCUAUCUGGUUCAGUGUGAGGGAACAAAAAAAGCAACAUGCCCCCCCAACAGUAAGAUUGAUGCGCCGGGCUGGUUAUUGUUCAGUUUAGCGAAAGCUCCAACUGUUGUAGCGGGCACCAUGUGUAUCAUGAGCCACUCCCGCAAUUUGUUGAAUUGGACUGCGCAUCAGCUCUCACGGGGCAGAGAAAUAGUUCCACAGAUUUGUGCAUAAGUUUGUGCUCUUUUUAAUUCGCAUAAACCCUGCUAAGCUGUCACCAUGUUUGAUGGUUCAUCUUUUUUCCUUUUGCUGGAGUUCCCUCGUAUCUGAUGUUACCCAUAAUCAUCAUUAGCAGUGCAUUUGCUGGUUAAAUUGCCGGCACUCGAGUUUCCGUGCAUCUUGCUGGUACUGAUGCAGCUCA